UGGCGAAGGCUCACCUCGUCGCCGUCGCUAUCGCCGUCGCCGUUGCUGUUGUCGUUAUCGCCACGAUGCCGCUAUUUCUAGAACAAAGCAGGAAGAUAGUGAGAUAGAGAUAGCGAGAUCAUGGAUGAUGAAGAGCGUCUUGAGGGUGAAGAAGAAAUGGAGUUGGAUGAAGCUUCUGAUGGGGAAGACGAGGAUGAGGAGACCACAGGUAUCCCUGUGUCUCCAGCCAACUCGGAUCAAUUGCUUGGGCAAACAACUCCAACAACUCCUGGUAACAUCACACCAGAGGAGGUUUUUCAUGAUCCGAUGCGGUAUCAGAAGUUUCCACUGCCUGGAGGCAAACCUUUGAGUAUUCGUCGUGGACCUGGUAGGCCUCGGAAAGAACGGCCUCUAGGUAUAACUCGCGGAGGUGUUGCUAGAAGAGCAUUUGGACGGGGUGGUACCCGAGGCAAAGGACUUGGAUACGCAAGAGGCAUGCCACGGCGCACCAAGAGCAAAGAUGACGACAUGCAUUCAGAAUCACCUAGUCCUUUGCGCAUCGGUGGGGCGGACGAUGCCGCUCCUGACGGCAGCGGCGAGUCAGGGAACAUGGCUGAUAGGUCAAUGCCAGCACCCGAAGAGCCUCCUUACUUUGCUGAACAAUGGCCAGGCAAGGUGUGCGCGUUAUGCAAUUUAGGCGAGAGAAGUCAGUUAGGGCAGGGCGAGCUUUUACGCUUAACAUGUCCACCGGGUUUCACUCCCGAAAAGUCGUCGAAUCGCGAUGAAACUACUGAUCAUCUCGUCGACGUUGCUGCUACUGGAGAUAAAAGUCCACGUACGGCUGGACCUGGAGCUGCUGUUACCUGUCGCAGACAAAAAAGUUUAGCCAAAUGCAGGAAUACUAGUCUAACGAAUUUCACGGAACCAGUGGAGGAGCUGACAAUCGUAGGCUAUUCGGAGGAACCAGAAAUCGGGGCACUGUUUGAACCAUCGACAGGUCAUUAUUACGUUCACCAGUCGUGCAUUAUCUGGUCUAACAACAGUCAAGAUUUGGCGACGGAAUCAACCUGCCGCGCUGUUCUGCAAGCUUCCUCCAGACGUUGCGCCUUUUGCUCACGUUAUGGUGCCGGAAUUUCUUGCAAAGUGCAAUCGUGCAAUCGUUAUUUUCAUUUCCCGUGUGCCGCAGCUAGCAGUUGUUUUCAGGACACUAAGAGCUUGGCUCUUUUUUGUAGUCAGCAUCUUGGUCAAGUCCCGCUUUUGCUGAAUGGGGAGGUGACUUGUGUGCAAUGUUAUGGAAUGGGUGAUGUAUCGAAUUUAGUAAUGUGCUCGGUGUGCGGCCAGCACUAUCAUGGCAGUUGUGUGGGUUUGGCGUUGCUACCAGGGGUGCGUGCUGGGUGGCAGUGUGUCUCAUGUCGUGUGUGUCAAGUUUGUCGUCAACCUGAGGAUGUUUCUAAGGUGAUGCUGUGUGAACAAUGCGAUAAAGCCUAUCAUCCCGGCUGUCUGCGGCCGAUUGUCACUUCCAUUCCAAAAUACGGCUGGAAAUGCAAGUUGUGCCGUGUGUGUACCGAUUGCGGGUCGCGUACUCCUGGAGCUGGAUUGUCUUCUAGAUGGCAUUCUCAUUAUACUGUAUGUGAUUCAUGCUAUCAACAGCGCAAUAAAGGUUUCUCUUGUCCGCUUUGUAGAAAGGCAUACAGAGCUGCGGCAUAUCGAGAAAUGGUACAGUGCCAUGCAUGCAAAAAAUUUGUGCAUGGCACGUGCGAUCCCGAGGCUGAUCCGCUCACCUAUCAGCAACGCAAAGAGGCAAAGCCUGAUUACGAGUACAUCUGUUCAAAUUGCAAGAGCAUGGCUAUUGUAGCCAGACGAAAGGACAGCAUUGACGAAGGCGAAUUGUGCCUGAGCGCUUCUCAAGAGAGUCUCGAUGGUGAAUCGUCUGAAUUAGAUUAUCAAGGUGGUUCCGAAGAGGCGCUUUAUUCGGUCGGAUUGGGAAAAGGAAAGCCAUUUUGCGCUACGAAGAUCGCGAAAAAGAGGUUAGGAAUUAGCGGUGGCAUUAUUGGUAGACCUAAAGGUAUCGGGAAACUGGGCUACCAAAAACGACAAAAGAUGACGGAAUUUGGAAGGAAACGAGGACCUAAAGCGAAAAUGAGAGGAAUCUUUGGGGUGCCCGGAGUAGGUCUUCAGCGUCCGAUGUCAGAUUCUCAGUCAAAGGAGGACGAGCCUCCUGGUAUGGAAAAUAGACUUGUGCUUUGCUCGGCAAAGGACAAAUUUGUUCUAACUCAGGACAUUUGUGUGAUGUGCGGCGCGAUUGGCACUGAUCAGGAAGGUUGUUUGAUUGCAUGUGCACAAUGUGGCCAAUGUUAUCAUCCAUACUGCGUCAACGUGAAAGUCACCAAAGUCAUACUGCAGAAAGGCUGGCGAUGUCUGGAUUGCACUGUUUGCGAAGGUUGUGGCGAGCGAAACGACGAAGCUCGCUUGAUUCUCUGCGACGAGUGCGAUAUUAGCUACCAUAUCUAUUGCAUAGACCCGCCUUUGGACGUAGUGCCGCAAGGUACCUGGAAGUGCAAAUGGUGCGCUCAGUGCCAAACUUGUGGCUCGAACGAUCCCGGUUUUAACUCGUGCUGGCAGAAAAGCUACACUCAAUGCGGACCCUGCGCUUCCCACACCUCUUGCGUUGUUUGUCAAGAAGCUUAUCAAGAAGGCGAUCUUAUAAUUCAAUGUGUACAAUGCGAAAGAUGGCUUCAUUGUCUUUGUGAUUUAAUCAGAAACGAGGCUGAGGCAGAACGAUGUGCUGAAGAAGGUUACGUUUGUAUUCUUUGUCGUCCUCGUGACGUUCCUCCCGCUCAUCUUCUGUCGAAACCUCAGACAAAAUUCUCCGCCAGAUUGUCUCCUCCGCCGCAAAAUCGAAGCCCGGAAAUGUUUAAACAAUCCUCACAGCAAUAUUUAAUGGAAGGAGUUCACCUUUCCGAGGCUGGGAUGAGUCAUAUCAAAUCC